GGUGAGGCAUGCACACCUCUCUCUAAGCAUUAUCAAGGGUCAAUUGUUGCUGAUCCCUCAAUCUGAAAUAGUGUUGCUCCGCUUUUAACAUCUUUAUAUUGUAAGCCCCUGGACAUUCUCUGAAAUCGGUGGGUAUAAUUCAUUACCGGCGUAUCCACACCGACCAACAAGCACCAAACUUUUCGGCGCAGUCAUGCUGUGAGCCGCCAGGUUUCGUCCGAUAUAGAGCUCUCAAGUCUCGCAAUGCUGCGUUUACCAGCCUACCUGGGUAUAAGUACAGAAAUGGACUCUAUGUGAUGACCACAACACGCAGUUGCAGCUCAUCAUAUUCCCCACACGAUCAUUGAAUCCUACCUAAUGUCUGAAACACAGAUCAGCCAACUUACCAGGCAACCUGCAACAGGUAUCUCUGUACUCGUAGUGGGAGCUGGUAUUGGAGGUCUUACUUUCGCCAUCGAGGCCCAUCGUAAAGGUCAUGAUGUUCGAGUAAUUGAGCGCUCCCCUGAGGGACAGUACUCCGGCGAAAUAAUCAUGAUUACAACUCCAGCUCUCCAUACUCCGAAGAAGUGGCCAGGCUUCAUGGAACGUGUAGCAGAAGUGGCGUAUUCACCGCUCUUCGAAUUACGCAAGUUCGAUGGCACCCCUAUCGAGAUGCAUGCGCCUGGAGACUCCAAGAACCCAUCUAUCAGUAUCUAUCGAAGAAAGCUCCACAGCCUCCUCUACACCUAUGCUAAAGAGCUCGGUAUCUCGAUUACGUUCGAAACUCGAGCGGUGGAGUUCUUUGAGACCUCUGAUAUUGGUGGAGUAAGUCUUGGAGACGGACAGAAGCUCACAAGCGAUGUUGUCGUCGCAGCCGAUGGUGUUGGUUCGAGGUCCCGCGCUAUUAUUGAUGGCAACAGAGAUGAACCGAUCAGCUCUGGCUUCAUCAUGUAUCGUAUCUCCUUUCCCAUAGGUCCAGCACUCAACAAUCCUGUCAUUGCGAAGGACUUCGCGGAUCGCCAUGAUCAGGGCUACAUGUAUAUUGGUCCAGGAGCGCAUUUGCCUAUCAGCAAGAAUGGGGAUCAGCUGUGCUGGCUUCUCACGUGCAAAGACGAAAACAGCACAGCUACGGAAACUUGGUCCAGAACUACGACAACUGACAAGGCCCUGAAGGCAGUUGAAGGAUGGGAUCCACUAGUGACUGAGAUCAUCAAAUCCACGCCAAACAACGAAGUUCUGGACUGGAAGUUGAUGUGGCGCAACCCACAACCGCAGUGGGCUUCAACAGGUGGCCGUGUAGUGCAGCUCGGUGAUGCAGCCCAUCCUUUCCUCCCGACUUCCUUCAGUGGCGGCACAAUGGCAAUGGAGGACGCUUAUUCGCUUGCAGCCUGUUUGCAAAUUGCAGGAAAGGAUGACGUGCCUCUUGCAACCAGAGUCCACAACAAAUUGAGAUUUGAGCGAGUCUCCUGCGCCCAGAAGCUGGGCUUUAAGAACCGCGAGAUGUUUCACAACACCAAGUGGGAAAGGCAAGACCCAGGCUAUAAACCGAUGCAAAAGAUGGUUGGGGACUGGCUGACCUAUCAUGACCCGGAACAGUAUGCGUACGACAACUUCCAUGAUUGCGCUCAACACAUCCUCUCAGGCGCUCCAUUUGAGAAUACUAACUCGCCACCUGGCUACAAAUAUAAGCCAUGGACUGUAAAGGAGUUGUUAGACGCAUCAGACCGCGGUGAGACCCUUGAAGACGAGGGUGACUGGUCAUAGAUAUCAGCAGUAUAUUAGCG